UCCCAUCAUCAUCUCUCAAUAUUUCUGCCCUGUCAUGUAACGCCGCCAUUGGCUUUGGCUUUUACUUAAAACUGUCAACACAACUGCCUUUGCAUUCCGUGAUUAUUUGCCGCAAAAAGCCAACGGACUAUACAGACUUUAGCUGCUGGCUGCAGCGACACCCCACGCGCGUGUCCGCUCAGAAUCGACACGCCCGCGCGCAGGAAACAUGUUUGAGCCUCCUCUCUGCCUGUACGGCGCAGCAGCAGCAUCUCGGAGGAGCCUCACAAGGACACAGAUGCCAGCAUUUCUGCUCAGAUGCAGAACAACGACGUGUCAUUAUUGGAAUGAAUGUAUAAAGACUCUGCAAGUGCACAGCACAUCUGCACUAAGCGGAGUUCUACAUAUGCUGGUGUCAUUCAGCCUGUCCCUGUGUUUUGUUCCUUGCCUUCAUCUGCCUGUACAGCUCUCAACUGUUGUACGUGAGGACUUACAGAAGGUCAGUGAUGACAUCUGCACUUCCCAGUUCCUAACCACAUUACCAUGGCAACGGGAAGAAAAGGCUCCACCUCCAAGGCAGGUGGAGUGCGUUUCCCUGAUGAUGACGAGCCUCCAGGCUCUCCAACACGGAGAGAUGACCAGUCAAACCUGUCUACUCUCAUUGCUGUCCUAGAGAAGGACGGCAGCUACUUGGUCAAGGCUGGUUUCCUGAAGAGCCACCACUGUUAUGAGAUUAUCUUCACUGUCCCGGAUGUCCCCACAUUAGGCAAAGAGCUGUCCUGUCUUCCUUCUUCCUCUCCAACUCAGAGGUCCUCCAGCCUCCGGGUCCAUCACAUCAGCUCCACAACGGAGGGAGUUAAAGUAACGUGUGAGUACAAGACUCACCAGGAGGGGGUACUGCAGGAGCAGAUCACUCUGGUAACGAGAGGGAGAAAGGAUAGCAGUCUGAAGAUAAGACUCCAGGCCAAGGUCAUUGACCCACAUCACGGGACUCCCAUGUUGCUGGAGGGGGUGAAGUGUUUGGGUGCUAAGAAGGAUGCCCGCUCAAAGCACAGCAGUGACCGGGUGUCAUCUGCCAUCUGACAUGAGGGACAAAUCCUGGUGGACCGUCAACGAAUCCUUGAAGUUUUUACUGGCUACUUGGCCCUGUUUGUGUGCCUGUCAUGUGGUUUGUACCAGCAGGGCUUCUCUCUCAUCUCUGCAGUUAAGUCCAGGGGCCUCAUUUCUAAAAAUGUUCUUAGAUUCACACCGAUCAGCCACAACAUUAACACCACUGACAGGUGAAGUGAAUAACAUUAGUCAUGCGUUUACAAUGCAGUGUUCUGUAGGGAAAGCAAUGGCAACUGCUCUUUCCAUCAGCAGCAGCCUCCCCUCAGCUGAGCAGUGUACCCCGUCACAUUUCGAAAACAGCUCAGGAAUUAUUCAAGGACCACAGCUGACUCCCCAGAGCCCAGCCUAUUUGAGAACCUGUGGGUUGUGGGAAUAAGCCAAACCACCAAUCCACCAACCAACCAAAGCACAGGACCCAAAGGAUCCAACAUUCUGAUGAGAGGGACCACAAAAUAACGCCAAAGGUCCCGUGUCCCUUCCACUGACAGGUCAGAGCUUCUUUGGUGGUACAAGGGGGACCUAUAAAAUAUUGAACAGUUUUAAAGUUGUGGCUAAUUGGUGUGCAGUUGAACUUUGGACAAUUUCUGACAGCUUGCUUAUGUUCAAUUUCUAAAAAAUUCUAAGCAUAAAAUACACUUGCUUAAGGAGGUUCUAAUAAUUUCUUUUGUAACUUGUUCACCUGUGAUCUAUAAAUCUCAACAUAACUCAAAUUGGACAUUACCUGCCUUAUACUUUAGUAGUCCUUAGUAUACUAUCAGCAUGUGAAGGGAUCUGAUUCUGAACUGAACUAGUGAUGAUGGUUAAGCUGGGGUCACUGGUGCUGUUUGCAACAAGGGCCACCUGUGACUGCUCAGCAGCUUGCUGAACAUCCAUGUGUCUGCCGUCACACAUCAUGCU